GGAAAAAGUAAAACAUCCUUCUUGGUUGGGAUGGGAUUGGAAAGUUGAAAGCACCUCGUGGUGUAUAUUCAUCCUUACUCAUGUACAUAACAGAAUCAAUCUUCUUAUCCUUGGGGCUCAUUCCAUUAUCUGUUCUUGCAUCAAUCUUCAUAUCCUUAACUUCAUUCUCAUUUGCAAUAGAGUAACAAACGAGAGAGGUAUCAAAUAGCAUGGAAGCUUGCUUUGUUCCCUUGAAUUCCUUCACCAAAACCACAGUACUAGUCCCUUCACCCAUAGCAAGAAUCUCCACUAACCCAGGGAGAAAGUUUAAUCAAUUUCAGUGUAGGAAAAAGUUGAUUCCAUCCUCUAUAACCUGUUGCCAAUUGGGUUCACAAUUGCCACAAGAUGACGACAAAUCUUCAGUUGAUGCCGAUUGGCGAUCCUUCAGAGCAAGAUUAGUUACCGGAGAACGAGCAUUGAGGCCUGAAGAGCCUUCCUCUGUGGUAGAUCUUGAUACUGUGGUGGAUCAACCACCACCCAUCCCAAUAGGGAACAAAUGGGCUCAUACCAUCCAUGAACCCGAGAAGGGUUGCCUACUCAUCGCCACGGAAAAGCUCGAUGGGGUCCACAUUUUUGAACGGACGGUCGUCCUUCUCUUAUCAACUGGCCCUGUGGGUCCAACUGGCAUAAUUCUCAAUCGGCCGUCGCUUAUGUCAAUCAAGGAAAUGAGAUCAACGGUGCUAGAUGUUGCGGGUACGUUCUCCGAUAGGCCAUUGUUCUUCGGAGGGCCAUUGGAGGAAGGUUUGUUCCUAGUGAGUCCUGAAGGAGGGGAUGAUGGGGUUGGGAAGAGUGGUGUUUUUGAGGAAGUAAUGAAGGGGUUGUAUUAUGGGACCAAAGAGAGUGUGGGUUGUGCGGCUGAGAUGGUGAAGAGGAAUGUAGUUGGGGUAGGGGACUUUAGGUUCUUUGAUGGAUAUUGUGGGUGGGGAAAAGAGCAAUUGAAGGAUGAGAUAAGAGCAGGUUAUUGGGCUGUAGCUGCUUGUAGUCCUAGUGUAAUAGAGUUGGCUAGUGUAGGAAGUGUUGGGCUAUGGGAGGAGGUCCUUGGGCUUAUGGGCCCUAAAAAGGUUUGGUGACCCUUCAAAGAAUUUGGGCCAUUUGUCAUUCCAUUGAUUAUACACUUAAUUGGGGCUUGAGUUUGUAAGCUGGCUUUGCAGUUUAUGGAGUGGAGAGAGGGUAGGAAUAGGACCCUUUAAUGUUGAAUGUUGGGGCAUCUGUUUAAAGCCCAAUAGUUUCUUAUCUGAUUCUAAAGGGGCCUUUUGUGUACUAAUUUAGUUAUAUUAAUUCACUAAAGUAAAAGACUGUUCCUGCCAUGAAAUUUACCAAUAUACUAACG